GUCCUAGUUUUCUUUUACAUAUAUCGUCAUCUAAUUUGAUAUCAUAUAUUUGGUAAUCAGAUAGAAUUGAUGAUGAGCAGUCGCAUAGUGCUUCUCUUGCUUUGGCUGCUAUUAGCCUCAACUGCCUUAUUAUUAUUAUGUGAUGGUAUUCCUACUCUCCAUCCACAUGUAGUUUGCAGUGAAAAGGAGAAAACAGCUCUUCUCAACUUCAAACAAGGUCUCACUUGGGAUCCUUCCAACAUGCUGCUAUCCUCAUGGUCUCCACUCCAACAAGAUUGUUGUACUUGGAGUGGAGUCCGCUGCAACAAUCUUACUGGUCGAGUCAUCCACCUUCACCUCUCCAAUCAGACGCAGCAGUUGGGUGGAAAGAUUAGUCCCUCUUUGGUGGAAUUAGAAUCUCUGAGUUACUUGGACUUGAGCUUUAACAAUUUCAGUGGUUCUAUUCCAAGUUUCUUCGGUUCUAUGCCAAGUUUGAGAUAUCUCAACCUCUCUUAUGGUUAUUUUGAGGGGUUGAUUCCUCAUCAGCUUGGGAACCUCUCGAGCCUUCGUAUUCUCGAUCUAAGCGAUAAUUAUGGACUUUAUGUUGAUGAUCUUAGUUGGAUUGCUCGUCUUCAUUCCUUGGAGUACCUUGGCAUGAGUUGGAUCGACCUUCACAAGGCAGCUACUUGGCAUCAAUCCAUUAGCAAGCUUCUUUCCCUUUCAGAACUACACUUGUCCCACUGCAGAAUCGAAGGGCUGAUUCCUCAUGCACUUGGAAACCUCUCGAGCCUUCGUUAUCUCGAUCUAAGAGAUGAUCAGCUUUUUGUUGAUGACCUUAGUUGGAUUGCUGGUCUUCAUUCCUUGGAAUACCUUGACAUGAGCAGGGUCGACCUUCACAGAGCAAUCAAUUGGGUUCAAGAGGUGAGCAUGCUUCCUUCCCUUUCACAACUACAUUUGUCUGGCUGCCUACUUGAGAAAAUGAUUCCCCCUCUCGCUUUUGUUAAUUUCACGUCUCUUAAAGUCCUUGAUCUUUCGGAAAACCAUUUCAAUUGCAAGAUACAAGUCCUGUUGAGUAAUCACACUCGUAGCCUUAUGUCUCUUGAUCUAUCUUCUAAUUCCCUAUAUGGCCAAAUCCCAGACGAUCUUGGGCAACUGAAACAUCUUGAAUUUCUCUCACUUUAUUGGAAUUCAUUGUAUGGUCCCAUUCCAGCAUCUAUUGGAAACUUAUCGUCCUUGAGAUUAUUAGAUCUUUCUGAUAAUAAAUUGAAUGGCACUUUGCCAAACAGUAUGGGGUUCCUCUCAAAUCUAGAGGAACUACAUGUAGGAUACAAUUCCUUAGCAGGCAUUGUUUCCGAAGCCAGUUUUGCCAAACUGUCAAAAUUGAAGAAAUUGUAUACGUGGUCAAACUCUCUGCUCUUCAGCAUGAGCUCCAAUUGGGUUCCUCCUUUUCAACUUGACGUACUUGAUAUGAGUUCCUGCAAAAUGGGUCCAAGGUUUCCAUUGUGGCUGCAAACACAAACAUCUUUGUAUGCAUUGGACAUUUCUCAGUCGGGAAUUUCAAGCACAGCUCCAGAAUGGUUGUGGAAAUGGGUUUCACGUAUUGAGUAUAUUAAUCUCUCCAACAACCAGAUAAAUGGAGACAUGUCGAAUGUGUUGCUAAAUUCUAGUGUUGUCCAAAUGACUUCUAACCGUUUCGAGGGUAAGUUGCCACGUUUGUCUCCAAAUGUUCAAUUGUUGAACCUUGCAAACAAUUCUUUCUCCGGACCCAUUUCCCCAUUCUUGUGCCAAGAGAUGAAUGGAGAAAGUUUGUUACAGGUUCUGGAUCUAUCAAAUAAUAUUUUAUCUGGAGAACUCUCUCAUUGCUCGAUGCAAUGGCAAAAUCUGGCCAAUAUAAACUUGGGGAGGAACAACCUAUCUGGUAAAAUUCCUAACUCAAUGGGUUCGCUGUGGUGGCUCCGAUCAUUGCAAUUGCAUAAUAAUAACUUCGUUGGAGAAAUACCUAUAUCAUUGCGAAGCUGCCCCUUUUUGAGUCUCAUUAAUUUAGGUGGAAAUGAAUUUCUCGGACUCAUUCCAAGUUGGAUUGGAGAUAUGUUGCAAUUGGAGAUUCUUAGCUUAAGAUCGAAUAAAUUUAUCGGCAAUAUAUCGACACAAAUAUGCCAACUUUCUAAUCUUAUAAUCCUCGAUCUUGGGAAUAACAACUUAUCAGGACCUAUACCAAAAUGUCUGAAAAAUAUCAGUGCCAUGAUUACAACGGAUUCUUCAAAUCAACAAUCAUUUGAAAAUGUAGUCCUGUAUUCCCAUGAUAGUAUUGAAUACUACAAAGAUAUUCUCUCUUUGGUGACAAAAGGGAGGGAAUCAGAGUAUAAGAAUAUCCUUGGACUUGUUAGGAGCAUAGAUCUCUCAAGUAAUAACAUAUCCGGUUCGAUCCCAGAAGAGUUUUUUAGUCUUCACGCGUUGCGAUUUUUAAACUUGUCUCGUAAUCAAAUUACAGGAAAGGUACCCGAGAAUAUUGGAGGCAUGGCAAUGUUAGAAUCCCUUGAUCUCUCAAGAAAUCAUCUUUCGAAUGAAAUUCCACAAAGCAUGUCGAAUUUGACAUUUAUCAAUUACUUGGACUUGUCAUAUAACAACUUCUCUGGAAGAAUUCCUUUAAGCACCCAACUUCAGAGUUUUAAUGCAACUAGCUACAUUGGAAAUUCUGAACUUUGUGGAGCCCCUCUCAACAACAAUUGCACAAGAGAAGAAUCAUCUCAAGGUCGAGGUGUGACAUCAAUGGAGAAAGAGGAAGAAGAGUAUGAAAUGGUAUGGUUUUAUAUUGGCGUGGGUCCGGGAUUUGUGGUUGGAUUUUGGGUUGUUUGUGGUACUCUUAUCCUCAAAAGGACAUGGAGGCAUGCUUAUUUUCAGCUUCUUGAUGACAUGAAAGACCGGAUCUACUUGGCUAUAUUGCUAAAGGUGAACUGGCUCCGCAGGAAGUUCUAGAGAUCUAAUGAUACAUGAAGAUUGUCAUCAUCUUCUACAAGGACAUUUUGGAUCAAUUCGGAGCUAGAUUUUCACAUAGUACGUUCAGGCUGCAGACUAUCUGGCUGUUGGAUCUGCUGUUGGUGUGGUUUGGUUUGCUUUGUUGGUGUUUUGGUUUGUUGUGUAUUUGGUUUUUCUUUUAUGUUGAGGUAAUUUGGGUGUAAUAAAAUUUGCUUCCUAUGGGGAAAAACAGUUAUUGCCUACUCAUUUAUGCAUAAAUAAGUUAGGCUAUACUCAAUAUUCUAUGUGAAAUAAUUGUUGUACUAUAAUUAUUUUUUGUUGGGUUGCUAAAAGAA